AUGUCGGAGGUCUGUCAGGAUAUCGGAGCAAAUCCGGGGUCUCCGAAUGUUCCGACUUGGGACCCAGGUUCCGGGAUGGGAGUGGCCAAGGUUCGGUGUGCCGCAACCAGGCCGGAACUGAGGCAGUCAGGAGGGAAGGUGACUUGGGGAGUGGGGAGGCAUGGUGUAGGGGAUGGUGAAGUUGUUAGGAAGUUGCCUGAAUCUGCAGAAGUCAUAAACAGAUUGCUUGUGCACUGGGGCAUCAUCACUGAGCUUGCCUCUUGGCAGCUGGAAUCACUACACUCAACAGACGACUCCACACGGCUGCCUUCUUUGGUCUUAGUCACAGCACUCAAGUCUAGGACUUCUGCUUUGUCUGAUUGGGACAAAUCAAUGCAAUUGCACACAAUAACCAGCUCUCUGGCACUAUGGAACUCAGCCAACUUGGUUCUUGGAGUUCUGGCAAUUACUAGCUGGGGCAUCACUCUGAGCCCAGGGGGUGGCUCAAUAAUGGGUCCUCUGACCGAUCUGGCUUCUACGCUGGCUAGAAUGCUCAGGGAUUUGAGAUCAACGGCAGCUACAGCUGUACCGGCAACUUGGCACACUUGCUCACUGGGCACUUGUCACUCAUGGCUCUGCAUGGACUCAAAAUGA